GUCUGCCAACCGCCAUUAAUACCAGAAGAAGAAGAAGAAAAUAAUAAUAUUAUUUAGCCUUAAGAUAAAGCGUCACCUAUCCAUAAUCUCGAUCUGCCACCGACCUCAGGAUCACACUACGGAUGUGUCUUAUUCGGGGUUGAGACUCAAAUCUUGGGGCUCCUGUUAACCUUCCCAUCAAGCCGGUUUGGGGACGUGUGUUUGUCCCCCUCAUCUCCUGCGAGAUGGCCAGUCAUUUCCGCAGCUACGUCUGGGAUCCGAUCCUCAUCAUCUCCCAGAUUAUUCUCAUGCAGUGCAUCUACUACAGCUUCUUGGGUCUGUGGUUGGCUGGUGUUGAUGGAUUGGUCCAUACCAGCAGAUCACUCGACCAGAUAUUCAGUUACGAGGUUCUUGGCUUUUCAACAACACAGGGUUGCUUGUCUAUGAUGGCAUUCAUUCUGAAUUCUCUCACGUGCGCUCUUGGCCUGUGGUUUUUCAUCCGACGGGGAAAGCAGUGUCUGGACUUCACCGUGACCGUACAUUUCUUUCACAUGAUCGGCUGCUGGAUCUAUAACGCCCAUCUCCCAGCCGCCCUGUCAUGGUGGUUGGUCAACGUGGCCUGCAUGGCCCUCAUGGCGGUCAUAGGCGAGUACUUGUGCAUGCGGACAGAGCUCAGAGCCAUCCCUGUCAACACGGCACCCAAAUCCAACCUAUGAGGACUGUUUAGAGACAGAUGUGCAACAGCUGGUGUGUACGAGUCGAGGUCACGCAUCGGCAGGACUGGCCUGCUGACUAAUGCUGCGGUGGUUUUCUGGGAGGAUGAGCAGAAGUGACUUGGUUGUUCUGGAUGACGUUGAGAUGUGCCACAUGGGUUUCAUGCUGCAUCGCAUGAUGAUCCUGCGACUUCCCUCAAUCAGCAUCAUGGCGGCAUUCGCAUCAUUUCAAAAAGACUAUUGUAAUUAUUCUUAUUUAGGACCAAUUCGUCAUCAUUCAUGGAUGGCUACUGAAAAUAUGACAGUGAUGGUCUCUUUUAAAAGUACAGAAAGCAUCAUGUCUUAUGUGUAAAUCUUUAUCUAAAUAAAAUGCAAUGUAAUUCUGAA